AUGGCGUUUGGCGUUCUCGACGAUGGCCAUUUGGCACUACCCCCUGGGAGCUCUAUUCUCAGCGAGUCCAAGAAUGCGCCGGCGCAUUCUCUCAAUACUGUGGGCGUGAAGAAGGUGGGCGAUAUCAUCUUAGACCCGCAGCCCUCAGAUAGUCCAAAUGACCCAUUGAAUUGGCCCAAAGCAACAAAGAACACGAUUGGCAUCCUGGUAUCAGUCAUCUCCACCACCGUCAUUGCCAUGUCAGCCAUGCUAACUCCCGCCAUCCCCAUCAUCUCGCAUGAGUUCUCUGUCAGCGUCGAUACCGCCUCAACGUGGACAAUUGGCUUGUUGGUUUUCUGGACUGGCUUCACUGCUUCAGUCACGGCGGCCGGAUCAAACGUGAUUGGGAAGAGACCUUUCAUACUGGGUUCUAUCCUGAUCAUGGUAAUUACGAAUACAUGGGGUGCUUUUGCAAACUCCUUCGCUUCGUUGGCAGCUCUGCGGACAUUGCAGGGAAUCGCUUCUGCGCCAUAUGAAACCAUGGUCACUGCACUCAUUUCCGACAUCUUCUUCCUCCACGAGCGUGGCAGGUGGCUCGCGCUCUGGAGCCUGGUGAUAAGUGCUGGAAUUCUGAUCGGUCAAGUCCUGGCUGGCCUCAUCAUUGACGGCAUGGGCUACUCGGCCACGUUCGGCUUCAGUGCUCUAGUGUUUGGCAUACUAUUGAUACUAUCGUACUUCCUCCUCUUCGAAACAACGUACUCAAAGCCGAGGCCAACAGUCGGCGAAACACCGAUGCCCAUGAAGCCUAUCGAGGUCCCUAGCCCACCGGAACAAUCAUACACCCGGAACGAAACCUCUCGAAUGGGUCCUGGCGGGCUCAGCAAGACCUUGUCCACAACGCUCUCUAUAGAUGCAUCUUUAUACACGUCUCGAUUUGACGAUGAUGUAGAUCUGCUAAAGGGGAACGUUGAACGACCCGAGCCGUACACUCGAAAACUGCGCAUUUUCCGCGGCCGCGUGUCCAACGCUAACUUUUUCCGCGACAUGUUGAGCCCGUUCCAGCUGAUGGCCUAUCCAGCAGUGCUCUUCGGGGCCACCAUCAACGGCUUCUGUACCGCUCUCGCGAUUGGCACUGGCCUCUUGUCGACAGUCCUGCUAACGCAGCCUCCCUACAAUCUCACUCCCACAUUCCUUGGCAUCGUCAACAUCGCUCCGUUCGUCGUCGGCCUCAUCGCAGCUCCGUUGGCGGGCUGGAUGGCAGACGCCGUCGCAAAGAGUUUGGCACGACGCAAUGGCGGUGUGUUUGAGCCCGAGUUCCGCAUAGUGCUCAUGGCCAUUGGUGCUCCGAUAUUCAUCCUCUCCUUCAUCGGAUUCGGCGAAAGUGUUGCACGAGGCCACUCUCUGCCCGUUGUGCUCGCGUGGCUGGGGGUGCAGCAUGCCGGCUUCCCCUUCGUCAUCCAGGCGGCGCUCUCCUAUGUGCUAGACUGCCAUGCUCACGAAUCUAAUCUAGCCUUCGUGGUGAUUGCGUUUUUCAAGGCAAUCUUUUCCUUCAUUGCAACCUCGUUCCUGACCGGGUUCAUGAUCAAGGUCGGAGUACGGCCCUUUUUCUUUGGCGUUGCUGGCGUUACCACUGCAGUCUUGUCACUAUCGCUCCCGGUCUAUGUGUUUGGGAAGAAGUUCAGGAGCUUUGUGAGUAUCUGA